AUGGCUAUUUAUAAGCGUCUACUUCCCGACGGCGGCGAGGUAAAUAAGGGCAAUAAGAAUUUAGAUGCUCCCUCUAACGAUUCUAAUAAUAAUAACUUAGAUAGUAAUAAUACCUUAGAUAAAGACUCUACUAAGUUAUCCGACGAAGAUAGUCCUAGCUCUCUCGCUAACUCUAGCGAAGGCCUCCCUAUUAAGGCGUUAAAGGAGACGUUUUAUAACCUACGCGGCCGACGUUCCUACGAUGUGCGCCCCUCUAUAAAGCGCCUAGUAGAACUGUUCUCUAAGAGCGCGAUUCCUUUAAGACCUAUUACGGAACUACGAAAGCCUUAG